CUCCCUCACUCUCUGCGCUUUCGCUCCAGGUCUUCACUCUCGCAGGCGAUCGCUGCAGUGUGGCCAUGGCGGCCUCCACUCUGCAAUCCUUCUAUUGGAUUCCGAUUCCCAUCUCAUCUCUUCUUAAAAGCCCUAAAACCAAAUCACCCGCCUUCACUACCUCCUCCGAUUCCCACUCCACAGCCAAAUCCCAACCUCUGUCACUCCACAUCGGCGCAUUCCCCAAACCCUCCCCACAUACUGUCCUAGAUUUCCCACCCGAUUUCUAUCAUCUAUACCCCAUUUCACUCCCACUUCCCUUCCUCCAAUCCUUCGUCCGAUCUUGCCUCCGUGGCGGCGUUUCCACCGACGAUCACUACGGCGGGGACUAUGCGUGCGGCGGCGGCAUCAGCACGCUGCUGAUGAGCACUACUCUAUCCCCUUUCCUGUGCACGUUGGCUGGUAAUCCGACGUUCGUCUCUGGUCUUUUGGCGUGGGUGCUUGCUCAGACCAUGAAGGUGGCUUUGAAUUUCUUCGUGGAUAGGAGGUUGGAUAUGGGAAUUCUUUUCAGCUGUGGAGGCAUGCCCUCCUCUCAUUCUGCUUUAUGUAUGGCGCUUACGGCUUCAGUAGCCUUUUGCCAUGGGGUCGGCGAUUCGCUUUUUGCUGUUUGCCUAGGGUUUAGUCUUAUUGUGAUGUAUGAUGCCAUUGGUGUCCGGCGACAUGCAGGGAUGCAGGCUCAGGUGCUUAAUAAGAUUGUUGAAGACUUGUUUCAAGGGCAUCCCAUAAGUCAAAGAAAGCUCAAAGAGCUUUUAGGCCACACUCCAUCACAAGUCGUUGCUGGGGCUCUUUUAGGUAUUUUUAUUGCCUAUAUUUGCUGUCAAAAUAUUAUUGUCAUCUAAGUAUUUUUCAAACUCCUUAUCUUUAUAAAUAUAUACAUAAUUAUGUUACUUGAGAUGUAAAUUUUAGGUAUUUUGAUUAGUGCAAUUAGUUUUGCGCACAAUUUUGUUUU